UACAAGUAAAGCUAAUCCAAUCUAGCCCAUCAAUCUAUUAACCUUCCCUCCCUCAUCACUCAUGACUCGCGUCUUUAACUCACACUGCACUCUUUUGUAUGACAAGAACCCGGGGAGAGAGAGAGAGAAGAAACCCCUCUGCCCUUCCUCCUCCCUCUCAUCCUUAUUCGUGCUUUGUCACCCCCUCCCCGCCGGCGCUUUUUCUUUACUGUCCUCAGCCUUAACUUCGCUAAUGGCUUCAAUUAAUUUCAACCCCUUCAACGAUAACUGGUUCGGAAACCGACCAAAACUCCCAUUCCGACCUAUUCACCUCCUCUCCUCAAUCUUUAAACCCCACUCCAAAAACUCAAGCUUCGCCUCCAUAACCAAUCCGUUUUCCCGAAAACCCAAAACUGACCCCGAUGAAACACCUGGAAAGUACCGCCAAAUGCUCGACCAAUUCUACUGGGAGUGUGAGAAUUUGCCGGAUUACCGACACACACCUGAGGUUGAGAGGAUUUUGCAGGAAGACCCGAUUGCUGAAAAGAAGGAAAACCCGACCCAGGAAGAGAUUGAGGAGAAUGAGAAGUGGUGGGCUGAAUUUCGCUCGAGCCCGGUUGUGCAAUUCUUGGCCCGCGCUGAGGAGAUUGCUGAUAAGCUUAAUGAGAUUGAGCUUCGGCAAAAUUCAGUUCCCUACAGGAAAGAGGAUAAGAAAUUGUGGCAAGCAGUGCCCAAUGUGAUUGGGCUGGAUGGGAGGCCAAUGCCAAGGAAAGCUAUAAAAUCUGACGCAGAGUCAGAUGAUAAGUUUUGGGAUUUUGCUAGACAGUUCUUUUUUGGGCUUUGGGGGUUCCGGCAGCGACCAUACCCACCAGGAAGGCCUAUUGAUGCCGCGCAGGCUAUAGGUUAUAAGAGACUCGAGAAGCGGUAUUACGACUUUAUCAUGAAAACUGGUGGGUGGUUCUAUAAGGAUCGAUUGGGUCGUACCAGAGGACCAAUGGAACUUAUACAGCUCAAAACUGCGUGGGGUGCGGGAAUAAUUGACAAGCAUACAUUUAUAUGGGGUGAUGACAUGGAUGAAUGGGCACCCAUAGGCAUGAUCUAUGGUAUGGAGCGUGCAAUUGCGACGUGGGAAGUUAGAUUAGGUGCUGCCGCAACAGCUUUUCUCCAUAAGCUGCAGAAAGGGAUACCACCUUGGGUUCCUCUGAAGGGGCAUGAGGAUAAAACCUAUAAGCAGCUCCAAGAAGAGGCAUAUGAGAGCAAGAAACGUGAUUUAGCUGUAUUAGAGGCUAACAACGGCGUUUGGCCUGGUGUAAGGAUUCCUAGUCACGCGCUGUUUCUUUGGGCAAGUGGUUCUGAGCUGACAUCACUUCUGGAAGAGGAUCACAUGCCCAACAAAUUCAUCCCGAAAGAUCUUAGGCUCCAAUUGGCACAAAUUAUUCCUGGUUUGAGGCCAUGGGAGGUUCUAAGCAUUGAGCAAGCCAUGGAUCAGAUAACAUAUGGUGGUGAGUGGUACCGUGAACCUCUUGGGAGUUACACAACUGGUCCUCCUUACAUCAGAGCAUGGAACAGAGAUGUCUUGAGACUGUUUGAAAUUUUCCGCAAGCUGAGUCAAAGAACAUACGACAAACUGGAGAGAACAAUUCCAGGUUUCAGCACGAUCAUGGAGAAAGUCGAAGCAGAUGCUGCUGAAAGGGAUGCCAAAAGGAAGGCAAAGAGGGCUGCAGAAAGGAAGGCGGAAGAGGAGAAGGCGUUAUUUGACGGAGAUGAAGACAAUGUAUAGCCCACUGGCAGCUAGUUAAUGUUAUAGACGGUAAUUGUCAUAUACUUGAGGUUUACUGGCCACUUGGAGAGUUUUGGCGUGAGAAUUCCUUCAAAUAGGUGAUUGGUGAAGUUAAUCUGGAGUUUAGGAGGUGAUUACAAUUUUGAAGUUGUAAAUUAGACACAAAGUGUAUGGAUUGGAGAGAGGAAUACAUAUAUACAUUUAUUUUGUGGUAUGAGAAAUUUUCAUUUGGCGAUGAGUA